AUGAAUUCUGAAGAGGGCUCUGUAACAGAGAACAGCUCUUCACAUCUGGAGAGAGGGGAGAGGGACCAUGGCACCCAUAUGUAUUUUGAGAAACAUCACGAAGGAUCCAUUCAAGUUCCUAUCCCUUGUGCUGUGUUGGUUGUGGUCAUCAUUACUUCCUUAAGUAUAGCUCUAGUUGCCUUGCUUGUGGGCCAGUACAAUUGCCCGGGCCUGUAUACGAAUUUGGCAUCAUCUGACCACCCUGUUGCUUCCUGCGAGGAUGAGUGGUUGGCAUACAGGAGGAAAUGCUACUUUUUCUCUACCACAACCAACAGCUGGGCCUCGGCCCAAAACUCUUGUUCUCAAGAGGGUGCUACUCUUGCUGUUAUCGAUUCCCGAAAGGACAUGAUAUUUCUGAAGAGACACGCUGGUGAACAGGAACACUGGAUUGGGCUGAAAAACGAAGCUAAUCAGACAUGGAAAUGGGCAAAUGGCCAAGAUUUUAACCACUGGUUCAACAUAACAGGGUCUGAGAGGUGUGCAUCUCUGAACAACACAGACAUUACUACCGUGGACUGUGAGGCGAGCUUACACUGGGUCUGCAGCAAGCCCUUCAGAUGA